GUUGUGGCUCAGGACAGUUACUUGAACGAGGUGCAGAACUCAGUGCCUCUGUCCUGCUCUGAGGGGUUCACCGAGCUGGGGUAUUACAACGGCACCGUGUCCCAGACCGACUCCGGCGCCCCCUGUCUGAAGUGGACUGAGUUUCCAGACUAUGUUAUGCAGUACCCGGGCCGGGGCCUUGGGGACCACAGCUACUGCAGGAACCCAGACCGCGAGUCCAAUCCGUGGUGCUUCUUCAGGCAGAACUCGGGCGCCAUUGGCUGGGCUUACUGCGACUGCCACCAAGGUGCAGUCCGUCUGGCUGGUGGGUCACUGUCUGGCAGUGGACGGGUUGAAGUUUACCUGAAUGGCCAGUGGGGGGCGGUGUGCAACUCUCACUGGACAGAUAGAGAUGCCAGUGUGAUCUGCCGGCAGCUGGGCCUGGGGGACAUCGGUACCGCGCUGCAGCACUCCCAGUUCGGCUCGGGCUCCGGCCUCUUCCACUACGAGCGACUGGGUUGCCGUGGAGACGAGGUCACCCUGAGCAAGUGCCGGAGCAGGACGUUUGUCACCGGUGACUGUAGCCACGGAAACGAGGCGGCGGUGGCGUGCGCGCCACCGGAAGGUGGUGGUCCUCCACUGCGAUUGGUUGGAGGCGAGGAGGACUUUGAAGGUCGGGUGGAGGUGUUCCACGCAGGACGGUGGGGCUCGGUUUGUGACGACCAGUGGGACGACCGAGACGCCCAGGUGGCGUGCAGGCAGCUGGGCUUUGGGGGAGUCGCAAAGGCCUGGUCCUGGGCCCACUUUGGUCAGGGUUCAGGUCCGAUUCUGAUGGAUGCUGUGAAGUGCACCGGAAACGAGCUGUUCCUGGAUCAGUGUCCCCACGGAGACUGGGAGCAGCAUAACUGUGACCACAUGGAGGACGCUGGGGUCUCCUGUAGUCCUUAUACAGAUGGCGUGGUGCGCCUGGUGGGCGGAGACAGCCCCUGGGAGGGUCGAGUGGAAGUGUUUCACAACGGAGACUGGGGGACRGUUUGCGACGACCACUGGACCCAGCAGCACGCAGAGGUGGUCUGCAGGCAGCUCGGCUACAGGGGUCACGCCGAGGUCGUAGCAGACGGGGCGUUCGGCGAGGGCGUCGGUCUGAUCCUCCUGGACGACGUCCACUGCGAGGGGUCCGAGACAUCCCUGCUCAACUGUCGCCAUGGGAUCUUUGGACGCACCGACUGCUCCCACAGCGAGGACGUUGGCGUCCGCUGCAGAGGAAGACCCAGCCAGGAGACCAACGAGGUGCCGGUCAUCGCACCUUCCACAGGUCCCCUGGUGCGUCUCGUGGGUGGCGGCAGCAGGAAGGAAGGUCGAGUCGAGGUGUAUCUCCAUGGAGACUGGGGAAGUAUUUGCGACUCGGGCUGGAACGACCUGAACGCCGCCGUGGUGUGCAGACAGCUCGGACACAGCGGUGGAGCGGUGGCUGCUGGAGGGUUCGGUCAGGGGAAAGGACCCAUCCACCUGGACCAGGUGAGGUGCACGGGGAAGGAGGAGUUCCUGGGAGAGUGCCCCUCUCUUGGACAGAACAUCCAGGGCUGCAGACGCAGAGAGGACGCAGGAGUGAGGUGUGACGUCACACCGCGGGGGUCCACGUCAAAGAGCGAGCCUCAGAGUAAGAGCUGUGGGCUGAGGAAGCUGGCGGAGGAGAACGGGAAGAGGAGGAACCAGGAGGACAACAUGCUUAGGACGUCGUGGCCUUGGCAAGUGUCGGUGUGGCUUCAGACUCAGGAAGUGGUGGGUGGUCCCCUGUGCAGUGGGACCCUGAUCAGUCCCUGCUGGGUGCUGACGUCAGCGUCCUGUGUCAGCAGGUUUGGCAGCGAUGACCCGUCGCGGUAUGUGGUCCGGGUGGGAGCGUCGGAGCAGAGUCUGACCCCGCAGCAGGUGGUGGUUCACCACAAGUUCAAGGGUCAGAGCGGAGGCCAUGAUUUAGCCCUGCUGAAGCUGCCCAGUGCCAAGGGUCACUGCCUGACCUUUGAAACUAACACUAACGCAGCGUGCCUCCCUACUCCUGAAGCUGCAGCAGGGGAGAAGUCUCCAUCUUCUUGUGUGGUCAUGGUUACCACAAGCUGGACAGGACCAGACUCCGUCAUCGCCUCCUGGGUCCCUCUGAUGUCGUCAUGGCAAUGCAAGAAGCGCUACGGCAACAGCUUCUCCAGCCACGGCACGCUGUGCGCCGGCAGUCCUCCAGACACCAGCCUCCUCCACAGYGAUGGCUGCCAGGGCAACUCCGGAGGCGGGCUGGUGUGUCAGGAGGAGGGGGGCCGAUGGGUCCUCAUGGGGGUCGUGGCCGGGGGCUAUGGCUGCUCCGACCCCUCCUCGCCGGCGCUGUACAUGCGAGUCAGCCGCUUCAGGAGCUGGAUGGACGAGGUGAUGGACACGCACAGGCGUCCCCCGGCGACGCAAGACCACCCGACACGCGCCAACAGUGAUGAGCGCGCGCACAGCGAGCUCAAACAUAGAGGAACCGGCGAGGUCAAACGCRCAUUCUCGCACACUCAUCAGCAGCCUCACAUGAAAACGCACACGUUCCACGCAGGAGACAAAAACAAACAGCUGGAGGCCUGACUGCAGCUGCUGGCCACCGCCUGUGCCAUCCUGUGACCGCCUGAGAGGAAGGAGCGAACGAAAUGAUGCUUCAGCUUAAAAUGAAAACAGGUGUUACACCAUAUUUUGUGACCGUCAUAUAUUGUGACUAGAGGGGGCGCUAUUGCUUUUCUACAACAGGACUUGGCCGAACAUGGGCACAAAGAAGAAUAUGAUACGCCAAAUGUGUAAUAAGCCGGAGGCUGAAGACAUACGAAGAAAAAAAAUCUAAAACUGUUGAUUGUUAUACAUGAUCACAAUAUAUGUAUGACAGCUUGUCAUAUACUGUGACUUCACUGUAGCUAAGGAAAUAGUAAAAUUAUUUAUUCAAAUUUAAUUGUUUACAUCAUCUAGUGUCAGAAAAAUCACAUUUGAUCACUGACAUAGUGACUGUUAUCAAAUUAGUACAGGGUCACAUAAUAUGAUAGCUAUUAUCAUAUAUAGUAGUAUUAAUUGUAGUAUCAGUCAACAUGCCAGUGAUCAGAAGUUAUUUUUCUGACAUUAGGGGAUGUUAACAACAAGUAGAAUCACUUUACAAAAAAUAUUUUUAUUAUUUACCAAGCUACAGUGAAAUCACAAUAUACAGUAUAACAACAGUUGUCAUAUUUUGUGACCUCUGGCUACACUUUCAUCAUAUUCUUUAUGGCCAUGCUUGGCCAAGUUCUGUUGUAGAAACCUAACAGUGCCCCCUCUGGUCACAUAUGACGGUCACAAAAUAUGGUGUAACACCUGAACUCGCUGAAACUAAGUGUUUCUCAUCGUCAGACAGAGUGUUUGUCUUUACCGUCUUUACCGACAGAACGGAGGCCGAUGGGUUGUUAGAGUGACAGAUUUAUCAGCAUGCUAACGCAGAGCUUUUACUGAUAAAGAAAAAAACUAAGAAAAAGAAAAAAACAUCAGCACGGCAUGUAUUUAAAAGGACUGUUUGCAAAAAACCCAAACAUCUGAGGGACAUUUCAAAGACGGUCACACAUGAAUCUAUGCUAAUUCCACCCAUUUAUGUGUCCGUGUUCAAAGCUAACCAACAGAAUGUGUCGUAUUUUAGGAUCAUCGAUGUAGAUAAUCUACAGCAGCCAAGGCUCGUCUUUCAAUUAGCUUUUUAUAAAAAAAAAAAAA